AACCAAAUUCCACUCAAAACUCUCUCCUCCUCCUCCUCCUCCUCCUGCUUCUUCCCCUUCCUCUAUUUCCAUUUCUAGCAGAACAAGCAGAAGCAACAGCCAUGUGCCAAUCUAAUAGCUCUGAAACUCAUGGAGAGCUCGGCAGUCUCCCUCCUGAUCAUGCAACCCUUUACAUGCCCCUAGUUGAUCACAAAACCACGAGCAACGAUGAAUCCCCAGUUUUUGAGUCCCUUGGACCAGCCCAACAGCUUACCCUUUCUUUGAUCGAAGCAAAAUCGAUUCUUUCAGUCACCCUUCCCAUGGUUCUCACCGGCCUCCUCCUCUACUCCCGCUCCUUAAUCUCCAUGCUCUUCCUAGGCCGCUUAGGCUCUCUCCCCCUCGCCGGCGGCUCCCUCGCCAUCGGCUUCGCUAACAUAACAGGAUACUCUGUUCUCUCCGGCCUCGCCACAGGCAUGGAACCUAUCUGCGGCCAAGCUUAUGGCGCAGGUCGCCAUCACCUCCUUGGCCUCGCCCUUCGCCGCACCAUCCUCCUCCUCCUUUGUGCCUCCCUUCCCAUCUGCCUCCUCUGGCUCUCGAUGCGUCACAUCCUCAUCCUCUGCGGCCAAAACACUGAAAUAGCCGAAGCCGCCCAAUCCUUCAUCCUCUUCUCCCUACCAGACCUCUUCCUGCAAUCCUUCCUCCAUCCCAUCCGCGUCUACUUCCGCACACAAUCCAUCACUCUCCCCCUCACCGUCACCGCCGCCGCCACCGUUGCCCUUCAUUUCCCCAUCAAUUACCUGUUGAUAAACCACUUCCACCUCGGUAUCCCCGGUGUCGCCCUCGCCUCUGUUUUAACCAACUUCAAUCUCCUUCUCCUUCUCAUAGCCUACCUUCACUUCUCCGGCGUCCACCUCCGCACUGGAGGCCUUAUACCCUCUGCUGACGACGACACCUUCUCCCUCUCAGGCUGGCGUUCUCUCAUAGCCCUCGCAGUCCCCAGCUGCUUUUCCGUGUGCUUGGAAUGGUGGUGGUAUGAAAUCAUGGUCCUCCUCUGCGGUCUCCUCCUACGCCCCCAAGCAACCGUCGCAUCCAUGGGCCUCUUAAUCCAAACAACAUCUCUAAUCUACAUUUUCCCCUCUUCCCUCAGCGUUGGCGUCUCAACCCGCGUCAGCAACGAACUCGGAGCUAACCGGCCCGACCGCGCUCGCCGUGCCGCUGGUAUCGGGUUGUUCUGCGGUGCGCUUCUCGGCCUCACGGCAUUCUCAUUCUCCCUCUCCGUCCGCAACAUCUGGGCCAAGAUUUUCACAGCCGACGCCGAGAUCGUCAGCCUCACAGCGACAGUACUGCCAAUUCUAGGCUUAUGCGAGCUGGGAAACUGCCCGCAAACGACAGGUUGCGGAGUGCUGCGAGGCAGCGCGCGCCCGCGCACUGGCGCGCAUAUAAACCUCGGUUCUUUUUAUGGCGUGGGGAUGCCUAUUGCCGUUGGGCUGGCAUUCUGGGCUCGCUUGGAUUUUAGUGGGCUUUGGCUAGGGCUCCUCGCUGCGCAAUUGGCCUGCCUUGUUCUAAUGCUUGGCGUCAUCGCGCGCACGGAUUGGACACGACAAGCCGAGCGCGCGCAGUCUCUCACGGGCGGGCAAAACGUGAAGGAGCAGGAUUGCAAGCCGAUUAUUAUCAAGAUUGAGCAGUGCGACUCUCUAGUGUUUUAAGCAUUAGGAUCUGUGUGUUACAUUAUGAGAGAAUGGAUGCCAAGUAGAAAUGUGAAGGGAAGGGAUUUGUCUAUUUGUCCCCACUUUUUUUUUCUUUCUUUUUCUGUAUUAUUAGAAAGAAAUAGAAUAGAGAUUUUUGAA